AGGAAAGAAGGAACAUUAGAGCUUGUCCUUAUCAUGGAUGCUUUUGGCUUGAUACAAAUUGGCCUCAUACUGUCAAGCACCACGCUCAUCUCCAGUCUUCAGUGCAACCACCUCCCUCUGCAGCAAAGAAAAGUGAUCGAGAGCAGCCUGCGACUCCUGGAUAAAAUGGGAAAAGAGUUUCCCCAGCAAUGUCUAAGAGAGAAAAUGUCCUUCAGAUUUCCUACCCAGGUUCUGCAGCCCAGGCAGAAGGAGACUGUUGGAGUUGCCAUUGAAGAGAUCUUCCAACAUAUCUUCUAUAUCUUCAGCAAAAAUCUGACUCUAGCUGCUUGGGAUCAAACAGUACUGGAUCAGUUCCAAAAUGCACUUUAUCUGCAAACAGAGCAGUUGGAGGCUUGUGUAAUCAAAAAGCACACCCAGCACUGUCAUAGUAAAGAAGUCAGCAGGCUGAAAUUGAAAAAGUACUUCCAAAAAAUAGACUGUUUUCUUGAAGAUAAACAACACAACCUGUGCUCUUGGGAGAUCAGCCGCGCAGAAAUGAGGAGAUGUCUCCAACUGAUUGAUAAGGUGAUAAGGAAGCUUAAAAACUAAGGGUGUCCAUACUCUCCUCUCUACCACUCAUGGAUGAAAGGUAAAGAAGAGAUGGCAGACAUGGCUCUCAUGGAUAAAGCUGAAAUACCAGAAAUAAAAACAGCUAGCAACUUCACCAUGAUCCAGAACAACAAAAAAGACCAAAACAC